UAAAUUGUGUGAUUUGAAUGUAUUAUAUAUAAGUUGUUCACCCAUAACAGCGGAAGCUCAGACUCUGCACAAAAAGUGAACUACGAAUGGAUAGCCUGAAUACCUCAUACGAAUCGUCUUCUCUGUCUCUUCCUCUUUGUGCAAAAACUAAGAUGGUUAUACUGAAACUAAGUUAAUUGCCUUUCAUCCAUGCUGUUGGCCUUUUGAUUCAACUCUGACGUCUUCCGUCUUACUCUGCUGUUCUGACCUCAGAUACCUGAUAGAAUCCCGAUGGUUUUGAGCAGGUUCAUGUAGAAAGUUGGAUAAUUCGGUGUUGAUUAAAAUCUCUAGCCAUCAAAAGUCGGUUCUUUCUGGGGUUGAUAUAUUAAUAUAUUUCUAUCAGUAAGAUAUUGAUGGGGGCAUUCUUAAGUUCAAAUUAUUCCAGGGCUGGAACGAGUGAGCCCUUAGAGGUUUCACAAAAUGAAACAUGCAAGAGGCAGAAGUUGUCAACAUGUCUUUGUGAUGAGAACCCAAGAUUGAUUCCCUGCCUUCCUGAUGAGGUAUCCUAUCAGAUUCUAGCUCGAGUUCCAAGGAUUAAUUACUUGAAUGCGAGGUUAGUGUCUCGAUCCUGGAAAGCUUCCAUCAUGAGUUCUGAGCUUUUCAAUAUUAGGAAAGAGCUUGGAACAACAGAGGAAUGGCUCUAUAUAUUGACUAAGAAAGAACGCGACAAGCCUUUGUGGUAUGCCUUGGACCCUUUGUCAAGAAGAUGGCUUAGAUUGCCUCCAAUGCCCAACGUUACUUCUGAAGAUGAAUCCAGGAAAGGUUUAAAUGGCCUUCGAAUGUGGAAUGUGGUGGGCUCAAGCAUAAAAAUUGCUGAUGUCAUAAGGGGAUGGCUUGUCAGGAAGGAUGCAUUGGACAGUCCAUUAUGUGGGUGUGCAAUUGGUGCUGUUAACGGAUGCCUCUAUGUGUUAGGAGGAUUCUCUAGAGCUUCAGCCCUUAGAUGUGUUUGGCAGUAUAAUCCAGUUCUAAAUUCCUGGAGUGAAGUAUGUCCAAUGUUAACUGCUAGGGCCUACUGUAAGACUGGCAUCCUAAAUAAUAAGCUCUAUGUUGUCGGAGGGGUUACCAGGGGUCCUGGUGGAUUAACCCCACUUCAGUCUGCUGAAGUAUUUGAUUCUCAUACAGGUAUAUGGUCUCAAAUGCCAAGCAUGCCAUUUUCAAAAGCUCAGGUUCUACCCACUGCCUUUUUGGCUGAUCUACUCAAACCCAUUGCCACAGGACUGACAUCAUAUAGGGGAAGGUUGUUUGUGCCACAAAGUUUAUAUUGCUGGCCGUUUUUUGUUGAUGUUGGAGGGGAGGUAUAUGAUCCAGAGGUAAAUUCAUGGGUCGAAAUGCCAGUGGGUAUGGGUGAGGGUUGGCCUGCAAGACAGGCAGGAAUGAAAUUAAGUGUCACUGUGGAUGGCGAGUUGUAUGCGCUUGAUCCAUCUAGUUCUCUUGAAAGUGCUAGGGUCAAGGUAUAUGAUUACCAAGAUGAUGCUUGGAAAUUUGUAGUUGGAGAGGUCCCCAUUCCUAACUUUACGGAUUCAGAAUCUCCAUAUUUACUUGCUGGUUUACUAGGAAAGCUUCAUGUGAUUACUAAAGAUGCCAACAACAAUAUAUUGGUCCUGCAGACUGAUGUCCGAAACCAUUGUACCUCCCUAUCACCAGCUUCUUCCGAUAACUCUUCCUGUAUGCAUUCUGAGUCUGCAGAGUCUGCAACAGGAUUAGACACGGAUAUUUGGAGGGUUAUUGCCACAAGGACAGCUCGAUGUUUUGAACUAGUAAGUUGCCAGACCCUUAGUAUCUAGUGCCACCAUCAGGGUUCUUUGGGAUCUCAGUUGCCAUCAACUUUCCAAAACAGUGGUUCAUACAAUAUUCUGUUCUGUUUCUAUUUCCCCUAUCUAUUUUUCCAGGAAGAUUGAUUCUGCAAGCUCGGAAUUAUCUUUGUUCUUGUUUUCUUACUAGAUUUCAUGAAUUGUUUAUUUUUUUAAUCUUUAUUGACAGCACAGUAUCUUCUUUAGUCAUUGUUGUGAUGUGAGAAUGAUGCUACUAUGUAUUAUUGAUGUCCACUAACCAAUUUAUCUUGAUAGUGGUCCAUUAAAAAUAUGUUCAAAUAUGAAUAGGAUCUAAAUAUGAUCAAUAAUUAGAUGAUGUCACCUCCUUUGAAAUAAGGCUAUCCGUGUACAUAUGUCAUAGAAACUUUCAAUGAAGUGACAUCAAUUAGUUGACUGAUAGUGUAUAUAAACUCGUAUGUAUAGGCUGUCAGUAAAGAAAAUAUAAACUUGUAUGUAUAUACCUUCCAAGAUAUUUUGUAUUCCCUUUCUAAA